UUGAAGGGUCAUUUGAGUCAAUUUCCCACUUUCUUUCUUCUUCUUCGUUGUCAUCUCUGGGAACAAGACUAACGAAUUCGAGGGAUCUUUCAAGGUUUUUAACUGAGAGAGAGCGCGAUCGGAACCCAAAUUUGCGUUUGUUUCCUUUACAACCUUCCAACCGAGAUCACAAUCUUUCUCGACGCGGAAGAGGAGAUCUUUUAGGGUAUGAGUGCUCUGUAAUUUUCGUGAAAACUGUGCUCGGAAGGAAGAUAAUGUCGAAGCUUUUCGGGAAAAUUGCCAGCUUCUUCAGCAGUAGAACUAUGGCGGGAGUGGACAAAUCAGGAAACAAAUACUUCUUCAGAAAAGAAGAAAUCGAUGGUUUAAUGAAAGAGAAGAGAUGGGUGGUGUUUAAGGGUGAGGAUGAUCCAACGUCUAUUCCAGUGGAAUGGAUAUGUUGGUUAAAUGGGCAGCGUAAAAAGGCUCCAACCCCAGAGGAAAUGAUGGAGCUGGAAGCUAGGCGUGAACGUGUGCGACAAAAUGUUACCCUUCUCAAGAAACAAGAGAUGGAAAGAAACUCUAGAGAAGGCAAUUUACGGAAAGUCAUCAGCGCUGAUCAAGUUGCAGGUCCUGACUUGAACAGCUUUAUUCGACAAUUUCCAACUGGUUCAGAAGGUGCCCAAGAUGAAGAAGGAUCGGCUGCAAGGAAUAGCCCAAGAAACUCCAAAGAAAAAGAAGCCGUCAAAGAGAAACCAAUUCCAGAGUCCUCCGAGCCUGUGGGAUCUGGCCAAACAUUCAGACCAGGAACAUGGCAGCCGCCAACAUGAAUGGGGGUUGCCCUUCAACAGAACUCACCAACACUUAGUUCAAUACCUCUAUAUACAACAAUUUGGUACGCUUCGAUUCGAUUGCUUAACAUUAAACUUUUUUCGAGGACCUGCCCUUGUAGUACUUGACUGUAGCAGAUACCUGCCCUCCAAUUUUCUACAACAAGAUUGUCACUCUGCAUUGCCUUGAAUUUCAAAUGGUCGUGUGGUGUUUGGUCUCAUGAAAGCAGUAUAAUAUAGAUUUUGUGUACUUCGGUAAAUGAUUAUCCCUAAAGAAUACUUGCGAAGUUUUGACCUCCCCCAUCUUUUCGAGAGGCCGAGAAAACUAGCGAACAAUUGUCAGUAGCAAGCAUUGCGGAGGAAGAGCCACUAUGGAUAGAUAGAUAUUAAUCUUGAUGAUUAAGACCUGAUUAGCAUUUUUUUUAAAUUUAUUUAUUCUCAGAUUGGUAGAAAUUCACUGUAAUAAUGGUCUGAAGCUCAGGUUGAGCCACCAGAAAUUCAUUGUAAUGCUGUUAUUGUACUAUUAUGUCUGUGCUCUGGCUUGCAA